AUGUCAGGCAAGAGGGACAAAGCGUCCGCGGAGGAUCUGCACGUCAUGGACACGGUGGAGCAGUAUGAAACAUACGAAGAUUACCUAGACUCUCAGGUCACAGAGACGGACAUGUACUACCUGCAAGACGAGGAUCUUGCGCGCCAGUUGGUUGAGCUUGGCUAUCGCGGAUCAGGGGACACCCUGCAAAGAGAGGAGUUCGAGGCACGAAAGAAGGCACUGCGGGAACGGAGCACUCAGAAAACCAACGCCCCGAAACAGCUGUCGAGCUCCGGCAAGGUGGGCGGGGAGCGGGAUUUGAGCGCUUCCCCGUUCCUGCUUGCCCUCGGAAACCGAGAAGAGCUGGUCCGCAACGGCAAGCUGACUUCCAUCAUUUUUGUUCGAGACGUAAACAGCAAGGGGCAGGAGGUCAGCGGCUACAUCGACUACGCGCACCGGCUGAGGUCGACCAACUUCGAGCCGUACUUCGAGCGACGAAAAAAGCUCAUGCCUAGACCGACGGACCUGAGCUACUACAACUGGGAAACCCAGACUUCAACGUCAACCUCUACGCCCAACUUCCAGGUAAUCGCGGACGGGGAAGCGGGCCUGCUGUUCAAGAACAAGCGAGACCGAAAGGUGGUCAACGUAGACCCCAAGGCUCCCCCGGGCGACAACACCACAAGGACGGAGAUUCGCACGCCGGAGUACCGGCAGGUGGUCAUCUACGACCAUAUGACGAGAAGGAAAAGCUGA